CAUAUACACGACUGGUCAACCACCUUACAGACACAACAGACACGCCCAGACAGAUACCGAAACACACAGAACCGCCUCCAUCACGCUGGGUUCGACCAUCGUGUCACACGGACACCAAUCGCGCCUGCCUUGUGUCCCCUUCCCGCACGACUACCCCCAUUAUCCCACAGCGACCUCUGCCUCUUCAGGAAACUCAGCUCCUCAAGUAUCGUCCUCUCCGGCCCAUCUUCAUAGCCCUCGUGUGUGUGUCUCCGGACACACUGACCCCCAUUUCUUCGUCCAUCGAGCUGCCCAAAAAUAUGUCUCCGAAGCUGCCUGUGCUGCCUUAUCAGCCGCCUCACCCACUUCGGCUGCUCUUCCUCCUCAGUGGACACAGGCGACGAAGCUCGUGGGGGGCAGGGCGUCGUGUUGGGGCUCGGCGGGGGGUUCGCCAUCGCGCCCCUCUUGCCGGGCGUCAGGGGCACAUACGGCCCCGCCACAAAGGCAGCACUCCCACUGCCAGUUUCGCUCUCCUCUGGUUGGUGGUGUGUCGGGGCUGCUGGUUUGGGAGAGCUGCAAGGUGAGGGCUCGGUGACGGACGGCGCCUGAGAUAGAGCGUCGUCUUCGCGCGACACGAUUGUCUGCUUCGAUGCCCGGAAGCGGGAGGUGGCCGCAGUGAGCAGAUGGACUCGCCUGAAUAUCCUUGAGAUGGGCGUGACUAGAGGGGUGAGAGAGGGAGCCUGUGGGCUGGCAGGAGAGCCGCUUGCCGCUUGGGGCGUGGCGCCAUCGCCAUCGUUGGAGUCCUCUUUUUUCUCCACAGCAAAUGUCACACGAGAGUGCGGCUUAGCUGAGGUGCCAUCGAUGUCUCUUGGUAAGUUAUCCCCCACGCCGCGAGCCCGAUCAGCGAUCUCCUGUUUUCUCUUCUCCUCGGUGUCAAGCCGCUCUUCCAAUGGUAUGUGGGGCGCGCCGAUGUCCCAUCCCGACGGGCGGGCAAAGACACGCGCCGGCAGGAAGCAAGCGAACUGAGACGGCAGAGGGAAGUUGCUCUCGUCCCUCCGAGGCUGCAAGGCUUUCCGUAGACCAGCGGGAUGUAUUUCUCCCCGUUCCAGCUUCUUGGUGACUCUCAAGAGCCAUGUAGUGUUGACGGGCCGAGUGGCUGGUCUCAGGCGAGCGAGACGGUAACCAACAUCGGCGAUCGAGAAUGGGGGAGAGGACGACUCGGCGUAAGACUCGUUGUCGAUAGCCAUUCGACCCUUUUGGUCUUCUUCCCUUCUCUCGUCGGCACCAGGUUCUUCAAGCGCUACUUGCAGGCCUUCAGGCGGCUCCAGAGUCGGCCUGUCCACAGUGCUGAUUGGAGGUUGAUGCUGCUCCUUGUCGUCAGGCAAUCGUGGCGUCUCCAUCUGCGUUACAAACACGCUGCCCAAAGUCUCGUCUAUCUGCCCUUCGGCAGCAGGUACGCCGGCUUCCAAAGCAGGCAAUGGUCUUUCCUUUUCUCCGGCUUCUUGUGGAUGUUCCCCUCCCUCGGUCCCUGCCGCUGCCACCGCUGCUGGUGAUGGUGAUGAUGGUGGCGGCGGCGGUGCUGUGUCUUUCACGAUUGCCGUCUCGUCUUCUUGCUGGAACUCCUGGGCUUGCACCACUACUCGCCGCUCCCUCCGUUUCUCAAAGUAACGGGUACCCCUGACCGGCAAGCGCACGUUGAAGGCAGGAAGCGGCUGUUCUUGGGAGAGGCCGGGAGGAAUUGGCUGUGACACCCUCGGUAUCCUGGCUGGCGGCCGUGGUGGUCGCGGUGUGUCCUCUGGAAUGGGCGAGGGGGACGAUGAUGAUCCCUGGCGAGAGAGCACGUUGCAACGGUGGCUCACCACGCCAGUCGGAAUGUCAUCAGCGAAACGUCUGCAACGAACCGACAAAUGAAUUGAUCAGUAGGACUGCAAAGUACCUGUCCGUCGGACAGUACCUCGUGGUCUUUGGACUGGGUGCUGUCCCCGGCCGCCUUGCAGUAAUCCUGCCCCCGCCCUGCAAAUGAGCGCCAGUCAGAGCCUCGUCUCCCCUCGGAGUCCUCGACAAGCCUCGCCGAGUUUGCCCUCGAGUGGGCACACGUGAAGAGAUCGGGGGCGACGAGGAGGGGAUAGUGGAAGGCGUGUCGCGGCAACGGGGGCUUGUGAAGCCCUCCAUGUGAGACCGCCCGACGUGCAGCAGGCCACGAGAGGGAGUGUCUGAGACAGACAGGCGAGACGCAAAUGAGACACGCCUGCCCGUGAUGGCUUUCCCUUACCUCGCUCACGCUGUGGCGUGGUUCUGCUUUUCAGUCUGCACAGCAGCCCUCCACCAACAGCCAUGGCAAGCCGCGAACCGGCCUGAGGCCGCGCGUCGUGGCUGAGCGUCGGAUCACGCUUCCGCACAAGCCGCCGUCUUCGUGUGGGUGGACUCGGCCCUGGGCGAGUGAGCUUUGUCAGCGGAAGGCUGGGAAUCACCCCUUCGAAUGUGGCCCUUUUCAUUUGCACUGUUUGCAAUGCUGUUCUCGCGCCUUG